ACGCGUCCGUGCGGCGAUUCAAACGUAACUAUAAUCUAUUCUGUAUUGUUUCUUUUUCAAAAAUUGGCUUACGUGUUUUCUGUUCCUUUUGGUGGUUCUACCACUUUAUUUGUGGUGUAAGUAAGUCGACAUAUAAAUAACAUUCACGUUCCCCCUAAAAAUUGAAGACGUGUCGAUUUUUUUUUUAGAAUACACUCGUUGAUAGAAUAAAAUGAAAGGAUUAAUCUUGGUUGGUGGUUACGGUACUCGUUUGAGACCCCUGACGCUGUCGCUGCCAAAACCUUUGGUCGAGUUUGGUAACAGACCUAUGAUCUUGCACCAGAUCGAGGCCCUGGCCAACGCUGGCUGUACCGACAUUGUUCUGGCGGUGAACUACAAGCCAGAAGUCAUGGUUGGUGCCCUCAAGCAAUACGAGAAGGAGUACGGCGUUAGCAUCACCUUCUCCGUUGAGGAGGAGCCUUUGGGAACUGCUGGUCCUUUGAAGCUCGCUGAGAAGAUCUUGAAGAAGGACAACACCCCAAUCUUCGUUCUCAACUCCGAUGUCAUCUGUGAGUACCCUCUGAGGGAUUUGCUCGAAUUCCACACCGCCCAUGGUGGUGAGGCCACUAUUGUCGCCACUAAGGUGGAUGAACCAUCUAAAUACGGUGUUAUUGUCCACGACAGAGACGUUCCAAACCUCAUCGAGAGAUUUGUCGAGAAGCCAGUCGAAUUCGUUGGUAACAGAAUCAACGCUGGUAUCUACGUUUUGAACCCAUCCGUGAUCGAUCUGAUCGAGAUGAGGCCAACUUCUAUCGAGCACGAGACCUUCCCAAUUUUGGUCGAGCAAAAGAAGCUGUACUCAUUUGAUCUCCCAGGAUACUGGAUGGACGUUGGUCAACCAAAGGACUUCCUCUCCGGUAUGUGCCUUUACCUGUCCGCUUUAACCAAGAAGAACUCCAAUUUGCUCACGUCGACGUCUGAGGAGUAUGUUAACGGCGGUAACGUACUGAUCGAUCCAUCUGCCAAGAUCGGAAAGGGAUGUAAGAUCGGUCCUAACGUCGUCAUUGGUCCUAACUGUAUCAUUGGUGACGGUGUCAGAAUCCAAAGAUCUACUAUUCUGAAAAACUCUCAAAUCAAGGACCACGCUUGGGUCAAAUCUACCAUUGUGGGCUGGAACUCUACUGUUGGUAAAUGGGCUAGACUCGAGGGUGUCACCGUUCUUGGAGAGGACGUCACUGUCAAGGACGAGGUCUAUGUCAACGGUGGUAAGGUUUUGCCGCACAAAUCUAUCAAGGACAAUGUCGAGACCCCCCAAAUUAUUAUGUGAGUGCCUUUUCUCUAUGUACGUUUGUGCUAUUAUCGUGACCAUAAUAAAUAAUAAAAUAAUAAUUAAUACGGGUAUUAUACAGGUAUUUGAUAUUUUUGGGUUUUUUUUUUAAAGUUUUUGGUGCAGAAUAAUUAGUUAAUGUCAACUUUGGAACAACUGGAGCUUGAGGAGUUCGGUUUCCAAUUGAGACCAGCGGUUCAGCUGUUUGAUCCUGUUGCAGUGCAAAAUUUGGACGCACACCACUAUAACCUUCUGGCAAUCUCCAAUAAACACAGUUUACUCUUUGCCUACCUCAACAAUAAGCUCAAGCUUAUCAAUACUCAGGAGCUCGACAAGCUUCUUUCGACCGAUCCAGACACUGAACAAUAUACUAUUGGAUGUUUGCAGGAGUUUGAGCAAGCUGAUUGCCUUCAAAUAGUAAUAUCCGCGGACGAGUCCCAGCUGAUCAUUGUGAAACAAAACAUCAUAGAGCAGGCUGACCUUGACAGUUUGAAACAGGGCACAUGGGCUACAGAGAAGCUUACUUCGAUAGAAUCUGAGGUAGUUCACCUUGCUCCUGUGGCACCAGGCGUCUUUGCCUAUCUGUUGGCUAAUGGCCAACUGAUGCUGUUCGAUGGAACUGGAACUAGGACCCUUCGUCAAGGGUGUAGCUGUUUCAGCUGGACAGACGGUAAUACCCUAUUAAUUGGCGUGGAUUCUCAUCUUGAGUUGCUCAGAAUAGACUCUGGAAGCUCAGAGACCAUCUCCCUCGAUGAAGAUCGCAAGCCCCUCUUUGUCACGGUCCUAGAGCAAGACAAUUGGUUGGUGGUUCUUGGUGGCGAAACAGAAGAUGACGAUACGAAAUCGUACGUUGUUACUAGAGAUGGUGCCACGUUUAAGAAGAGCGAAGCUUACGACAUUUGCAUGCCAUUUGGUGUAAUUCCACGAAAGCUGAGUUUCUACGCUCUCCAUUUGCACAAUUGGAGCUCCACCUACCCCCACCUGGCAUUUCUCACUAGCUCUAAAUCUACAGAGUUCAACACGUUAACAAGGACACAGCAAUUAUUGCAAUUGAACGAUUCUGAUAGAGCGCAAAUGCCUUUGGACCCGGACUCAGGAGAUGAUGACACGCCACUUGGUCUGGUGCUUGAUCUAACAGGGAAACUGGAAGUUUUGGAACCUUGUCAACAGGUUGAAAAAUGUGGUCCUCUGCCUAAGAUGAUUGCCCUUACCAAUAGAGGACAGUUGUUGGUCUGGAACAUUUGGCUGUCUACUGAUAUCAAUGCUGGUAAGGUUGACCUUGAGGCUGCUAGGAAAGCGGCUUUGGCUGACACUGGAAAGACCGAGAUCACACAAGCAGUGCCAGAGCAAACGCUACCUAAGGACUCCGGUUUUUCUCUCUCCCAGAAUAAAACCAGUUUGUUUGGACAGUCCGAAAAGCCAGCUAUACAAAAUCCGUUUGGAUCUUCCGCAGCCACCUCGUCUCCGUUUGGAAAAUCGGGAUUUGCAGCAGCUUCCGGAAGCUCUGCAUUUGGAAAAUCAGGAUUCGGUCAAUCUGCCUUUGGUUCUGCAGCUUCUGGAUCUUCCAACUCUUCUGGGUUUGGACAGUCUGGUUUUGGACAGUCUGGAUUUUCUUUUGGGCAACCAAAAUCUGUGAUGAAUACCUCUUCACUAAAUAGCACGGCCGCAGCAAAAAGUUUUGGGGCCUUUUCAUCCUUCAGCUCAGGAACGAAUGCUUUUGCUUCCAAAUCAUCAUCACCUUUUAAUCUUCAACCUAAAGAGGACAUAUUCGCAAAUGCCGACAAGAAAGAUAGUUCACCGUUUGGAGAGGCCAAAAAUGCAUCUGGGAAUACUGGUUCCAGUUUAUUCGGACAAAGCAGUUCAGCUUUCAAGUUUGGGUCUGCUAACCAGGCCACCAACGACAGUCCGUUUGCACAAUUAACCUCAAAGCCAGCUGGCCAAGAGGAGAAGAAGGAUGGCCAGUUAAGCUUUGGAUCGAGUCCUUUUGGAUCAGAAUUCAAGACAUCUCUCGGCCUGGACAAUCUAAAACUUGACACCAAGUUGCAAUCUCCAAGUCCAUUUGUAAGCUUGACAAAAAAUACCGAGAGUCCAUUUUCAUCACUGAAUAAAAAGUCAGAAAGUCCAUUUGCAAGUUUGGGAAACAAGGAGAGCAGCCCUUUCCUGAACUCGAAGUCUCCUGCUUUCGAUUUCUCACAAUCAAAGUCGGAAGCGGACGAAGAUGCUGGACAAAUUACUGGAGAUUCGGAAGAACACGAGAGCGAAGAGAAUACCGAAGAGUCCGGGGAAGAUGAUGUGCUUGAGGAGAAUGAGGCUGAGGCUGAAGGGAAGGCUUCAAAAGUUCCUUCUUUGGAGGACUCUGACAUCAGUGAGCGCUCGGCUGAGUUGGACGGAAGCUUCGAGGAGAUCGAAAGGCCGGAGAGCUUGGAUGCUCCGGCCCAGAGAACUGAGGAAUCACAAGAGGGAGCUGAGUUUGACAUCAAAGGAGACAGUGAACAACCUGUGUCUCCUUCUGCAGCCAGCCAAGUCUCUCAAUCACAGACGGAGGAAAAGGACGCUGAGCAGUCGCGGAGAGUCGCCAUACUGCCCGACACCAAAAAUUCAGAUGACGCUGCUGAGACGGAACAGGAUUCGACUGUGGAAACGCCACAGAGCGACUCCAACGCCGACCAGUCAGUAUCUGAAAGUGCUUCUGAGCUGUCAGCCAUGCCUUCUGCCAUGGGACAAAGCGCCUCAGAAGCCGACAAGCUAAAACAGGCAUCUGUGGCGGAGUUAAUGCCCGCACCCAAAUCGGCUCCUGUGGAGAAGUUUGUGUCCACGACCGAAUCCAAGGUGGUGGAGCAAAAAGUUGGUUUUGGAGAAAUUGACCAAGAUUCGGGACCAAAAGCGGUUCCUCAGCUGGUUUCGCUGGGGUCUGUGGCUAUUCCACAGCUGAGUUCCAACGAAGUGCUACGUGAAAUGGAGGAGAUCGUAUACCACACCGACGCAGAAUUCAGCAUUUUGGAUGAAAACAUACGGCUAUUCAAAGAGUUUAUGGAUGAUCACAUGUCCAAGAAAUUCCCACGCAAUUUCAAAGACCAUGGUCUGUUUCCUGCAUGUUGGAGGCUGUCUGAGGUAGGAAAGCUUUCCGAAGUCAUUGAACAGAACUCAGUAGACUAUGCCAAGCUGACAGCUGAUUUGGGUGCUACAUUCGCCAGUACAAGCUCUUUACUCUUGAAGCUGAACGCUAUGACGAAACAAAGUGAGGAGAUCUCUAGCGUGCUGAAACAGUUGGAGUGCGACCGGAAAACCCCUCGUGUGGAAAAGAACCUGUCUCCUGCCGCGUCCCAACAGCUGGAUGCCAUUCGCAAGGGAUACGACAGGCUCCGCGAUCUGGAGAACAAUUUGCAUGCACGGUUAUUCGUCCUGAAUGGGAGGUUAUUCCCUGAGCGCGUUCUUGACUCGCCAACAAAUUUUGAGGUGAUCAUAUCUGGUCUUGAUGCCAAACUGAGAACAUAUUACGACCAAUUGAAGUACUUACAGGAGAAGAUCAGCGAGUACAAGCUCAAAGACAAGCCUGUCACGAAGCUACAGCAGCAGUUCGACAAGCUGAGUGUGGCAUCGUUUGUUUCGCGGACUGCUGCCAAAGAACAGCUGAGCACGUAUUUGCAGAGCCGCAAAUUUGUGACUCACACGGUGGAGCUCUAA